AUGACAGCUAUCCUAAACUGGGAGGAUAUAUCCCCUGUUUUGGAGAAAGGCACCCGCGAAUCACUCGUGUCUAAAAGAGUUCCCUUUUUGCAAGAUAUAUCACAAUUAGUUCGUCAAGAAACAUUGGAAAAACCUCAAUUAUCUGAAAUCGCUUCUGUUUUACUGAAUACUUUUGUGAUCUAUGAAGACAACAGGUCCAAAAGUUUGAGAAUUUCAAUAUUGCUCGACAUCUUAAAUCUAGAACCAUGUCUUUUAGAUAACUUUGUUCAAUUCGUUUCUGGUGUGGUCAUGAAAAAUCCGGCUACUAAGUCCGUGGCAGAUUACCUUAACUUGUUAGAUUGGAUUAAUUCUUUCCUAGUGUUUGUAUCACACAAUUCUACGUUAUUUGAAGAAUACAUUCCGAAAUUGUUGGUUGCCCACUCGUAUGCCACUUUUGGUGUCGAAACUAUCCUUGACAAUCAAGAAGGUAGCAAGAAAUCUCAAGAUAAACAAAACCAACAUAGAAAAAGAAUUCGUUAUUGCAUUUUCCAAUCAGCCGUUAAGGCAUUUCUUAAAUGCUUAAGGGAUAAUGAUGAUAGUAUUUCUUAUAUGCAAAUUGUAACUAAGACCUUACUAGAGGGCCAUUCUAAACUAAAGAUAACCAGUGUCGGUGUGGUUGUGAUAAUGGGCGCAUUAACUCAGACUACACUUCAGUUGUUAUCUAGGCAACCGGCUCUACACUCCGCUUUGAAGGAAAAUUCUGUAGAGAAAUAUUGCGAGUAUCUGGGCAAAGAAGUUUUUUUGGGGAAAAAUCCACCAUCUUCCUUUUGUUUAGAAGUCGGUUUGAAGCCCUUUUUAGAAGAAUUUGUUUCACAGAACAUGUUUACCCAAUUCUUCAUCCCUAAUAUUGAAAAAGCAAUUCUAAGAUCUCCAGAGUUUGGUUUUUCAAUUUUAUCCGAAUUAUACGCUGGUGUUUCUCCAGACAAAGUAAAUCUCUUGAAUGUUUUUACUUCUUCAAAGCUUCUUAACCAAACCUUCUCGUCGUUUAAGAGCUCAAAAGAAGUAGUUAGAUCCAUCUCACUUCAUUCCGCAAUAAUCUUACUGAGACAAGUCUCACAAAAUGAUACUGCCUUGGAAGAUCUGACGAAGGUUAUCGAUGAAAUAUUUAAGAAUAUUAAGUCGAAUUUAAACGCAGAUUACAAAUCACUAAUUUCUAAAAUCCUCAUAGAAAUACCCUCAACACACUGUGAGAUCUCUGAAAGAAUUUGUAAAGAUUUAUCUCCAUUUAUUGGCAAAGAAGGUAAUGAAGGUGCCUUGAAUUUAAUGCUCAAUGCUUUUUUCGUUCAUUACUUUAGUCUGGACAAACCCAUUGAAAAUUUCAACAAAUGUAUAUCAACUGGUUUCGCAGAUAAAAAACCAGCUUUGAAAAAGUGCUGGUUUACCGCUUUUUUAAGCAAUUCCAAUGCUGCAUCUGAAGAGAUAAUUUUAAACUUUAUAGACGGUUGUUUGGAAUUUGUGAAGGACUCCAUUAUACAUUACCAGACACAUGGCCAUUCAUGCAUUCAAGCGUCAAUUGAAUUCGUAAACAAAAUAUUAACGUUGGAUAAUACUGAACUAAAUGAUCGUGUAAUGCAGCUAAUAGAAACCCUCCCUGAGAAUUCAUCAAUAGGUGAUGCUAUCUUAACUUCUGCAUUGUCAACAGAACUCUCCAUUGAGAACCGUAUUCAUUCUGUAAACUUGCUACAAGAAUUAUUUUACAAAAAACCAGAAAUUAUCGGGUCCUAUGUCAUUGGUGCAAUUGAAAGAAGAAUGCGCGUACAAGAAUUAGUACCUCAACCAAACAUAUCCUUUAAAUAUAUUACACCUGUACUAUUGGCCAUUACGUCUGAGUUACCUGACAAGGAAGCUUCAAUUAAGGUAUUAAUUAAUACUCUGGUUGUAGCACAAUGGAAAAUUUUUAACAUCAAGAAUGGUUGGGCUGGAUUAGUUUUACGUGCAAGGCUUGACCCAGCCAAAGUUGUUGAGGAGCACGCUAUAAUUAUCAUGGAAAAAAUUGCUGGAAUCACUAGUAAUAAGGAAUGGAUAGAUACAAUUUAUGGUAGUUGUGCUUUACAAUCUGCUGCGUAUGCAGCAUUUAUUCAGCCCGCAGAGUUCACUCCGAUCCUUUGUAAGACUAUCGAAGCAGAUUUAGCGGCAGAAGAAUUAUCACACCUAUCUGAAGAAGACUUCAAUAUUUUUGCGGGUAAAGAAGGCGUUUUGGUUGUUGAUGUCCUGGAAGAAAACGUGAACAAGAAACUUUCCAAUAAAAAUUCCAAAGAAUAUGAAACGUUAAUGUGGGAACAAAAUAUAAGGAAAGAGCAAGCCAAGAAAAACGUGAAAAAAUUGACAAAAGAAGAACAAGAACUUGUUAAAGAACAACUAGCAAAAGAGUCUGUAAUUAGAUCACAUGUCUCAAAAAUCUCUACUCGGUUGAAGCGUGGGAUUAGAUUGGUAUCUGAGCUUUCCAAGGCUGCCUGCUUAGUCCAAAAUGGCAUCGCUAUUUGGUUUCCUCUAGCAGUCACAAAGUUCUUACACCUAUGCUCGGAACAGAAUAUUUCAAGGCUGACAGAGGAUGUAAAUAAUGUAUUCUUGCAGCUUUCUCAAAAUGUCUCCGAAAGAUUGGGCAAUAUCAGGCUCUUUCUUGGUUUAGCAACCUUGCGUGUGCACAAUGCCAGUGAUAUCUCACAAAAUUACUUGCAGGAACCCCUGGUUGAAUUACUGACAAGAGUUCUUUUCAGAAUCAAAUUUGUGUCUAAUCAAGCAGCAUUAGAUUCUAUUAGUCUAACUUAUAUCUUACCAUUGUUGAUCAACGUUCUAGAAAAAGGUAAAGCGGUUGCACUAAAGAACGCCGAUAAGCCUGUUGUUAAGACUGAGUUCGUUGAAGAAGAUGAAGAAGAGGAACAUCUAUUACUUGCUAUGGAAAUUAUUUCUGUGCACGCAGAGGCUUUUGAAGACCCUUCCAUUCCCAGGAUUUCAAUUAUUGAAGUUUUGCUAUCUCUUCUCUCUUUGCCAUCAAAAGCAAAGAUUGCUAAGGAUUGUUUCAACGCUCUAUGUCAAAGUAUCUCUGUUGCUCCAAAUCAAGAAGACCUUGAUAUGAUACUAUCAAACCUAUUGUCACCAAAUCAAUUUGUCCGUUCAACAAUAUUAGAAACUCUUGAUAAUGAGUUUGAAUUGGAGCCUUUCAUGAAAUAUUCACCCGAAGUGUUUAUUUGCAAGUUUGAUUCUGAUCCUUCCAAUCGCGAGGUCGCAGAUUUUAUUUGGGAAUUCAAUAAAUUUUCAAUCAAUGACGAGCUACUUAAGAGCCUAUUUUUACUAUUCAAUCAAGAUGAUAGUGGUUUGAGAUUAUUUGCGGCCAAUGCAUAUGCUUUUGGUGCGGUAAGCCUAUUUACCACUCAAGAUAAUUCCUCAAACAAUUACUUAAACGACUUAUUGAACUUUUAUAAAGAAAAGGCAAAACCAUUGGAACCAAUUCUUGAUCAAUUUGGCUUAGUUCUUGUGUCUGCUAGUGAACAAAAGGAUCCAUGGCAAGGAAGAAGCACAGUUGCAAUUACAUUAAAAAUCAUGGCAAAGGCUCUUUCUGCGAAUGAUAACACAGUUGUUGAUGUCAUAAAAUUUCUAGUUAACGAUGGGGGUUUAGUAGACAGAGAACCAAUUGUCCGCCAAGAAAUGAAAGAAGCUGGUGUCGAAUUAAUUACCUUGCACGGCUCACAAAAUUCUAAAGAACUGAUUCCUAUAUUCGAAGAAGCAUUAAAUUCUAGUACAGAUAGUGCUCUAAAGGAGAAUGUUAUUAUUCUUUAUGGUACUCUGGCAAGACAUUUGCAAGAGAGUGAUGCAAGAAUUCAUACAAUCAUUGAAAGAUUACUUUCAACUCUUGAUACUCCUUCUGCAGAUAUUCAACAGGCUGUUUCGGCCUGUAUAGCACCACUUGUUUUUCAAUUUAAACCAAAAGUUGGUGAAUACUUGAAUAUAUUAAUGGAGAAACUUUUGAAUCCGACUGUACCUGUCUCCAUGCGAAGAGGUGCUGCUUGGGGUAUAGCUGGUUUGGUUAAAGGUUAUGGUAUUUCUGCUCUCUCGGAGUUUGAUAUCAUUCGUAACCUCAUCGAAGCUGCAGAGGAAAAAAAGGAGCCGAAAAAGCGUGAAUCUGUUGGAUUUUGCUUCCAGUAUUUAUCCGAAUCUUUGGGGAAGUUCUUUGAACCGUAUGUCAUUGAAAUUCUUCCAAAUAUUCUAAAAAAUUUGGGGGAUGCUGUUCCCGAAGUCAGAGAUGCAACUGCUCGUGCCACGAAGGCUAUAAUGGCACACACAACUGGCUACGGUGUCAAAAAGUUAAUUCCAGUUGCUGUUUCUAACCUGGAUGAAAUUGCCUGGAGAACUAAGAGGGGCUCCGUCCAAUUACUAGGUAAUAUGGCUUAUUUAGAUCCCACCCAACUAUCAGCUUCUUUGUCUACAAUUGUUCCAGAAAUUGUUGGUGUGUUAAACGAUUCUCACAAAGAAGUACGUAAGGCUGCUGAUGAAUCCUUGAAAAGAUUCGGUGAGGUUAUUAGAAACCCUGAAAUUCAAAAAUUGGUACCCAUACUUUUGCAAGCUAUUGGUGACCCUACAAAAUACACAGAAGAGGCUUUGGAUUCGUUGAUUCAGACACAAUUUGUUCAUUAUAUUGAUGGCCCAUCACUAGCAUUAAUUAUCCAUAUUAUCCAUCGUGGUAUGCAUGAUAGAUCUGCUAACAUUAAGAGAAAGGCAUGUAAGAUUGUCGGUAAUAUGGCUAUUUUGGUUGAUACUAAGGAUCUUGUUCCAUAUUUACAACAGCUGAUAGAUGAAGUUGAGAUUGCUAUGGUGGAUCCUGUUCCAAAUACUAGGGCCACAGCAGCUCGUGCAUUAGGUGCCUUAGUAGAAAGGCUAGGUGAAGAGCAAUUCCCAGAUUUGAUUCCUCGUUUGCUGGAUACCCUAAGUGACGAAACCAAAUCGGGUGAUCGUUUGGGCUCAGCUCAAGCUCUAGCUGAAGUUAUUAGUGGUUUAGGAUUAACUAAAUUGGAUGAAAUGUUACCAACUAUUUUAGCUGGUGUAACUAACUUCCGUGCUUAUAUCAGAGAAGGUUUCAUGCCUUUAUUACUUUUCCUUCCUGUUUGUUUUGGAUCACAAUUUGCUCCAUAUAUUAAUCAAAUCAUUCAGCCUAUUCUUUCUGGUUUAGCUGAUAAUGACGAAAAUAUUCGUGAUACUGCUCUGAAGGCCGGUAAAUUGAUUGUCAAGAAUUAUGCCACAAAGGCUGUUGAUCUAUUACUGCCCGAGUUAGAAAGAGGCAUGUUCGAUGAAAAUGACAGAAUUCGCUUGUCUUCUGUCCAACUAACCGGUGAGCUUCUAUUCCAAGUCACUGGUAUAUCCUCUAGGAAUGAAUUUUCUGAGGAAGAUGGUGACCAUAACAGUGAAUUCUCCGGCAAGUUGGUAGAUGUUCUUGGUCAAGAACGCCGUGACAGAAUUUUGGCCGCUUUAUUUGUUUGCAGAAACGAUACUUCUGGUAUUGUACGUGCUACGACUGUGGACAUUUGGAAAGCAUUGGUCCCAAACACUCCAAGAGCUGUGAAGGAAAUUCUUCCAACAUUAACCGGUAUGAUAGUUACCCACUUGGCUUCUUCAUCCAAUGUAUUACGUAACAUCGCCGCUCAAACUUUAGGUGAUCUUGUUCGCCGUGUUGGUGGAAAUGCCCUUUCACAACUAUUGCCAAGUUUGGAGGAAUCCUUAAUAGAAACAUCAAACUCAGAUUCUAGACAAGGUGUUUGUAUUGCUCUUUACGAGCUAAUCGAAUCUGCUUCUGCAGAGACAAUAUCACAUUUCCAAUCUAUCAUCGUUAACAUCAUUCGUACUGCUUUAACUGAUGAGUCAGCUACGGUUAGAGAGGCCGCAGCAUUAUCAUUUGAUAUAUUUCAAGAUGUUGUUGGGAAAACAGCAGUUGAUGAAGUUUUGCCAUAUUUGUUGCAUAUGCUUGAAUCUUCUGAUAAUUCUGGUUUUGCUUUGUUAGGUUUACAAGAAAUUAUGUCGAAGAAGUCAGACGUAAUCUUCCCAAUCUUAAUACCAACUUUAUUAUCACCUCCAAUAGAUGCGUUUAGGGCUUCAGCUCUAGGUUCACUCGCAGAAGUCGCUGGCUCAGCUUUGUACAAACGUUUGUCCAUCAUAAUUAACGCACUAGUGGAUGCAAUUAUUACGACUUCCAAUGAUGAGUCUACUAAGACUGCAUUAGAACUUUCAUUAGACAGAGUAUUUUUAUCUGUGACAGAUGAUGAAGGUCUUCACCCAUUACUUCAACAGAUAAUGUCACUGCUGAAGAAUGAUAACAUACAAAAGCGCAUAGCCAUUUUAGAGCGUUUGCCAAAUUUCUUUGAUAAGACUGUCCUUGAUUUUGAUAUCUAUAUUCCAGAUUUUGUCUCACACGCGAUUUUGUCACUGGACGAUGAGGAUCCAAGGGUCGUCAACGGUAAUUUCAAUGCCUUGUCCACUUUAUUGAAGAAGGUUGACAAGCCUACCUUAGAGAAAUUAGUCAAACCUGCUAAGCAGUCUUUGGCAUUGACAGGAAAGCAAGGCAAAGAUGUGGCCGCGUUUAAGCUGCCAAAAGGGCCAAACUGUGUUUUGCCUAUUUUCUUGCACGGUUUGAUGUAUGGUUCGAAUGAUGAAAGGGAAGAAUCUGCGUUAGCCAUUGCUGAUGUUGUUUCGAAGACACCUGCUGCUAACUUGAAGCCAUUUGUAAGCGUCAUUACUGGUCCAUUGAUUCGUGUUGUAGGUGAAAGAUUCAGUAGUGAUAUCAAAGCGGCAAUUUUAUUUGCACUUAAUGUACUGUUUGUUAAGAUUCCAAUGUUCUUGAGACCCUUUAUUCCUCAAUUACAAAGAACAUUUGUUAAAUCUUUGUCAGAUUCCACCAAUGAAACGUUACGUCUCCGUGCAGCAAAGGCUCUUGGUGCUUUAAUUGAACACCAACCUCGUGUUGAUCCACUAGUCAUCGAAUUAGUGACAGGUGCCAAGCAAGCCACAGAUGAAGGUGUUAAGACAGCUAUGCUCAAGGCUUUGUUGGAGGUCAUUGUUAAGGCUGGUUCUAAAUUAACUGAAAGUUCAAAAACAAAUAUUGUCAACUUAGUUGAGGAAGAGAUGCUAGGUAGUAACGAUAAAUUGGCAGUUGCUUAUGCUAAAUUAAUUGGGUCAUUAUCAGAGAUUUUAUCUAACGAUGAAGCUAAUAAAAUUCUGCAGGAGAAGGUUUUAGAUGCUAAUUUAGAUGGGGAAACUGGGAAGUUUGCAAUUCUGACUCUCAAUUCCUUCUUGAAAGACGCACCCAUUCAUAUUUUCAACACAGGGUUGACGGACGAAUUUGUGAGUUACAUUCUGGAUGCAAUUCGUUCUUCUGAUGUCUACUUUGGAGAAAACGGUACUAUUGCUGCUGGUAAAUUACUUCUAUUGGAAGGGGAAAAUAAAUCUCCCUUUGUUAAAACCGAAGCUGCAGAAGCAUUCAGAAUCGGAGAUGGGAACAUCACCUUGUUAAUCAAUGAGUUGAGUAAAGCUAUCUUAGAACCAGCCAGUAAUUCUACGGAUGUGAGAAGAUUGGCUUUAGUUGUCAUAAGAACAUUAGCAAGAUUCAAAUUUGAUGAGUGUGUCAAACAAUAUUUCAAUGUGGUGGGACCAUCUGUGUUUGCUUGUUUGCGUGAUCCAGUUAUUCCAAUAAAGCUUGCUGCCGAAAAAGCGUACCUGGCCUUGUUCAGGUUGGUUGAAGAAGAUGAUAUGCACACUUUCAAUCAGUGGUUCUCUGGGGUUUCUGAUCUUGGUAGCAAUAUUGAGACUAUCACGGGUACCACAAUUCAAUUAAGAUCCAUUGGAGACUACACCAAGAGAGUUGGUAGAAGAUUAGCAAAUGUUGAAAGAGAAAGAAUUGCUGCUGGUGGAGAUGCGGAAACAAUGUUUAGUGAUAGAUUUGAGGAUGAAAGAGAAAUAUGGGCUGUCGGUGGUGUUGAACUAGCCACUGAUAUUUAA